AUGGAGUUACUCGCUUCUGUUGUGAUAGUGCUACUUUAUUACGUCGGUGUUAUCCUAAAGUUAGUGAAUGUGAAAGGGUGUGCACAUCUCAAGAAUGAUCCACAUGACUUCGAUGUCUUAGGAGUUCAAGUAAAUUAUGAUGGUUGCACAAACCUCGCCGGAGCAAUUGAUCGUGAUUUCCCCACCGACAUAAAGCUUGGAAACAGUAAAGAAGAUGAAGUGGUUGAGCUACCUCCAAAGAACAAUGUAUACAUAUUUUCUGACUCAUUUAUCUUUUCGCUUUCUAUUAUCGAUAAAUAA